AUGAGUAUAGAAGGUUCAAAGGAAUUUGCGAGUGAUUAUGGUCUGGGUGGCGAACACGACAUGUUGAAUUCCGAACAGUGUUACGGAUUAAAUAAAGAAGUUCCUUCAGCGGAAUUGUUGAACAUUCAAGCGAAGAAAGCCAGCAGAAGAGGUAAGAUGUCUCAUGUUACCAAACUGUUGAACAAUAUAUACAAGUUAAUCGAAACCUCAGGCAGUAUCAGAGAACUUGAUAGAGUUAUUAACUCACUUAAUGAAGCGUUCAGUGGCUUUGUAAAGCGCCAUGACGAGUAUAUUGCUGUUUUGACUAGCGAAGUAGAUGAGAUAGAGAUUGAUUUGGCGACAGAUAAACUAGUUGAGAUUGAAGAGAAAAUCGCGAACUGUAAAUUGAAGGCAGAACAGUACAUUUUAGCACAGCAGAAAGAAUCAGAGUCUCAACGUCGGGAUUCACAAGAAGAGAAAUGUUUGCUCUCUAUCUCUGCCCGUUCUCGUGUAUCGUCGAGAAAGAAAUCUACCUAUACGCAUCUGAGUAAAGAACAAGAACAUCGAUCAAGAAAGAGGUUAGACGAAGUUAAAGAACGCCACCACUAUGAAGAAAAACUACAACACUUAAAGUUUAAAACAUUGAAGCGUGAAAUGCAAAUUCGUCGGGAAUUGGAAAUUCGUCAAGCAGAACGUGAUUUAGAAUCGUGCAGUAUUGCGAAAUCAAGUUCAUCAAGCUCAAAGAAUUCAUCAAAUCCUCAGUCUGUUGCAGACCAGUCACUGAAAGCAAAGAAAAGCAGCUCGCCCGACAAAGUUAACGUCGAGCUUCCAGUUUACUCGAGUGAUUGUAACAAGACUCACAAGAAGUUUACGACCGUAAGCAAUUCAAACGAAAUUUCGACGUGGAGCACACCGUUAGUCCUUGGGGAAAAGACAAUACCACUGGGUACAUUUGAUGGAAAGAAAGAAAAUUGGCUUCGAUUCUUUCAGACGUUCAAGGCCGUGGUUGAUAAACAACCCUAUGACGCUAUUGUAAAGUUCGCAAUUUUGGAAAAACAUUUAACGGGCCCUGCGAAGGACUGCAUUAGAGGAUUUCCGUUUACUGAGAACUCUUAUCCAUUGGCAUUGAAGGCCUUGCAAGAUCGGUUCGGUGAUGAAGAAGACCAAGCAAGUUUUUAUCUUGGAGCCGUGGAAAACUUGCCGAAGAUAAAGAUUUCAGAUGUACCGGGUCUUCGAAAGUUCUACGACGAUUUGAACACUAAUAUACAAGUGUUAGAAAAUAUGGGACCUGAUGUAGCUAUGCAUCUGAAUGACCCAAGAAGAAUGAAAUUGCUAUCAACCAAGUUACCACGUAAUCUUGCGGUUGCCUGGGCAACGUACCAAGACGACAAAGGCAUCGGAUCGGAUAUGCGCGCCUUUGCUGAGUGGUUACGAAAAAAAGUUCAAAUCCUAGAAAAAAUUGAAGUUCAACCACAAACCGAGGCUGGAGAUAAACGAGUUCCAGGAAAGCAAGUCUUCAAACCCCACGUGCAUGUUACAACGCGAGAUGAAGUCACCCAAACUGAAAGAACAGAAACGAAAUUACCGAUUGAAAGAGGAAAGUGUUGGGUUUGUCGUGAUGGUAACCACUGGCCGGGUCAGUGUUUGGUCUUGAAGAAAAUGACGGUAUAUGAAAGAAAACAGUUAGUGAAACAGAAUGGAGCCUGUUUCAAAUGCUUGCUUCGAGGACAUCUCGUGGCGAAAUGUAGAAGAAAAGUGGGAUGCCUUAUAGAAAACUGUAAGGGAACACAUCACACCUUAUUGCACCAAGAAAACUCUAAAAAUCCUGCAAUAUCUCCUCACAAUGUUGAGAGGAAAAGCAGCGAGACGUCAGGUGGUGAACAACUUGUAAGAAAUGAAGAGACACCAACGAAGGAAACCUUGUCGGUUACGUCGAACGCUAAUCGGAGUUGUCUAAAAAGGAAAAUUGUGGCCCUUCCUGUAAAGAAGAUCGAUAUCCUAAAUGGUUAUGGUCAACGAGUUACGAUAAAUUGCUUGGAUGACAGCGGGAGCCAGGUGACAUUGAUAACUCAUCGUCUGGUCGAAAGCCUUGGGUUGACAACGAGAAGAAGCAAUCGAUUGACACUCUCGGGGGUUGGGGAUCAAAACAUCAAACUCAAUUCUGAAGUUUCAUUUCUCAUACAAGCCAAAGACAAUGAACUGUCUAUCCCAAUGACCGCGUAUGCUAUUCCAAAAAUUAGCAAUUAUUCACCCCCCUUUGAUAUUGAAGAAAUCAAGCAAAAAUUUCCUUAUCUGCAAGACGUCGACGUGAUUGUGGACACAGAAAGCGUUGAUUUGUUAGUUGGUCAAGAUUAUUCUAUCCUUCUGCGGCAGUUGGAAACUCGUUAUGGAAAGCCUGACGAACCUUACGCCGUACGAACUGUGUUAGGUUGGAGCAUCUGUGGACCUGUUGACGAAAGAGUCGGAGAAGAUCCAUCAACACAUCUCAUUUCAUCCUGUUCACCGCCGACGACUUCAGUGGAUGAUUUAAAUCUCAAACGUUUCUGGGAGAUCGAACAAAUGCCAGUAAAAGAGCCAUCCUUAUACACUAAUAAAGAGAAAAAGAUUCUUGAAGAAACGGAACGAACAAUUUGUCGGGUGAACGGGCGGUAUCAAGUCAAGCUUCCGUGGAAAGAUAGUACGAAGCAGAUUCCCGAUUCCUAUGAUGUAGCGUUACAGAGGCUAGAAUCAAUCGAACGAAGAAUGAGAAAACAACCGUCUCUAAAGGAAAAAUACGGCAAAGUUAUUGAAGAUUACGUGGCCGAUGGUUAUUUGGAAAAGUUACCCGAGAAGCCCUCUGAUACGG